AUGCACCGUACCUACUCGAUGCGCCAGUCGCGCGCCCCGACCGCGUCGCAGGUCGAGAACCCCCCGCCCCCAUUGUCGACUACAAAGUCCAACCGCUGGCUCGGAAAGGGUGGCAUUGAUCGAGGGUCGAGGGUCGACAGUUGGGGAGUGAUCGAAGAUCAGCCCAGCUCCAAGUGGAACACCACUGAUGCCGUGACAGGCCAUGCCUUCCGCAAAAACGCCGCCGGUGCCUUCGGACCCGACCUCGCCCGCAAGCUGUCGCAGCUGGUCAAGAUGGAGAAGAACGUGAUGCGCAGCAUGGAGCUGGUCGCACGGGAGCGCAUGGAGGUCGCUCAACAACUGUCCAUCUGGGGCGAGGCCUGCGACGAGGACGUCUCGGAUGUCACCGACAAGCUCGGCGUCCUGAUCUACGAGAUCGGCGAACUGGAAGAUCUCUUCGUCGACCGAUAUGACCAGUACCGCGUCACAGUCAAGAGCAUCCGCAACAUCGAGGCCUCCGUACAGCCCAGCCGAGACCGUAAGUCCCCCGACCCCGACGCACAUGGAAAGUCAUACAAGGAAAAGGGAAAGCGGGAGCCCGAUCGAAUCAAAACUGACCCCCUAAAAGGCAAGCAGAAGAUCACCGACGAGAUCGCCAAGCUCAAGUACAAGGACCCCAACUCGCCGCGCAUUGUGGUCCUGGAGCAGGAGCUCGUCCGUGCCGAGGCCGAAUCACUCGUCGCUGAGGCCCAGCUGUCCAACAUCACCCGCGAGAAGGUCAAGGCCGCCUUCCAGUACCAAUUCGAUGCUUUGCGCGAGCACUGCGAGAAGGUCGCCAUCAUCGCCGGCUACGGCAAGCACCUGCUGGACCUGAUCGACGACAGCCCCGUGACGCCCGGUGAGACCCGCCACGCCUACGACGGCUACGACGCCAGCAAGGCCAUCAUCCAGGACUGCGAGGAUGCCCUGAGCAACUGGGUCACCUCCAAGGCCGUCGUCAAGUCCGGUCUGUCGCAGCGAUCGCGCACUCUCUCCCAGCGCCACCGUCAGGCCAUCAAGAACCGCGAGGGCGUCGACCUCUCCACCCAGGACGCCCCCAUGGCCGGUGACCGCGACUCGUGGCUGCCCGCUGACCAGCACCCCAGCUAUGAGGAUGGUGAGGAUGGCGUCAGCACCGUCGACGGCGAGGCACGAGGACGCGAGGAGGAGCGAGAGCCCAUCGCUGCGUAA